AUGGAGUUUAAAAGUAUAUUAAUAUUAAUAGUUAUAGUUUAUUUACCAGUACUAAUUACAGGUCAAUAUACUAUAAGAGGAGUUCCUGAAAGUUAUGCAGUGUUAGGUGAAAAUUAUACAUUACAAUGUGAUGUUACAGAUUCACCCAGUAGUGUAGAGUUCCGUAUAAACAAUAUUGUUGUAUGUAAUAUAUUAUCUUCAACCUGUGAAAGUCAAUCAACAGAUAAUAGAUAUAAAUGUGGAUGUAUAAAUAGUAACAACAAACAACUAUAUCUCAAUAUAAGUAAUGUAAAUAAACAAGAUGAUACAACAUGGUCUUGUAGAGGUAGUUCUGGUAGACAAGGAUCAAUUAAUGUAUCAGUUUAUUAUGGUCCAGAGAAUAUAAUAUUAAACCCUACUAGUGAUAAUAUAGAUGUUAUAGAAGGAAAGAGUCAGAGUGUCAACUGUUUAGCUGAUUGUAAACCAGAUUGUAACAUCACUUGGUCUAAAGAUGGUUCAACAACAAUUCUAAAUAACCCUUUAUCACUUAGUGCUAGAGAUCAAACUGGUUCUUAUAACUGUACAGUUAGACAUACCGUAUUAAUUAAACAACUUACAAAACACCUUAAUGUUCAGAUUUAUUAUGGUCCUGAUAAACUUACUUUCUCACCAGAUGUAACAAAUGGUCCUGAUGAACUUACUUUCCCAUCAGAUGUAACAAAUGGUCCUGAUGAACUUACUUUCCCAUCAGAUGUAACAAAUGGUCCUGAUGAACUUACUUUCUUACCAGAUGUAACAAGUAUCAAUAUAAUAGAAGAUGGUACUGAUGAACUUACUUUCUUACCAGAUGUAACAAGUACCAAUAUAAUAGAAGAUGGUACUGAUGAACUUACUUUCUUACCAGAUGUAACAAGUAUCAAUAUAACAGAAGAUGGUCCUGAUAGACUUAAUUUCUCACCAAAUGUAACAAGUAUCAAUAUAACAGAAGAUGGUCCUGAUGAACUUACUUUCCCAUCAGAUGUAACAAGUAUCAAUAUAACAGAAGAUGGUCCUGAUGAACUUACUGUCCCAUCAGAUGUAACAAGUAUCAAUAUAAUAGAAGAUGGUCCUGGUGAACUUACUUUCUCACCAGAUGUAACAAGUAUCAAUAUAAUAGAAGAUGGUCCUGAUGAACUUACUUUCUCACCAAAUGUAACAAGUAUCAAUAUAACAGAAGAUGGUCCUGAUGAACUAACUUUCCCAUCAGAUGUAACAAGUAUCAAUAUAAUAGAAAAUGGUCCUGAUGAACUUACUUUCCCAUCAGAUGUAACAAGUAUCAAUAUAAUAGAAAAUGGUCCUGAUGAACUUACUUUCCCAUCAGAUGUAACAGGUAUCAAUAUAAUAGAAGGUAAAGAUCAAACUAUAACAUGUUUAACUGAUUGUUAUAAAUGUAAUUAUAAAUGGACUGGACCAGUUUCAUCAUCAACUAAAGAUCUUGUAUUUACUCAAAUAAAAAGAAAUCAGGAAGGAAACUAUAGAUGUGAAGCUACCAAUGUUAAAAAUACCAUCCCUAAAACAAGAUCUAAAUCUAUACAAGUUAAUGUACAUUAUCCACCUGAUAUAACCAGUAUAACAUCUGAUGCUGUAAAUAACGAAGCUGAUGAGGGUUCUGAUGUUAUAUUUAACUGUAAUGAUAAUAGUAAACCAGUAUCUACUAUAACCUGGUCAUCUUCUACUAGUACUGAUACUAACACUGGUCAACAGUGGACAUUAACUCAAGCUAAAUGUCAGGAUAUAGGAAUCUAUACAUGUACAGCUAAUAAUGGUAUUGGUCAGUCAACUACUAAAUCUUUACCAUUAUAUAUUAGAUGUUCACCAAGAAUUAAUGGCGAUUUAAAAGAUGAAGUAAUGAAUAAACUAGGGGAAGAAGUAACAUUACUUAUUGAUGUUAUAGCCUAUCCUAAACCUAGUUUUAAAUGGAUACAAGAAUCAACAGGACAAGAAUUUACACCAGAUACAACUCAACAAGUAGCUACCAAUAAUUAUAUUUCAAGUUUAACAGUCACAAUACAACAAUCAUCAUUUGAUAACUACAGUGUAACUGUUAAUAAUGGUAUAGGUGAUGAUAAAAGUUACACUAUAAAGAUUAUUGAUGGCGCUAUUUCCACAGAUCCUGUAACAAAAGUGGAUCCUCGUGAACAACCUGGAUAUCAGGAAGGUUUAGACACUGGUAUUGGAAUUGGUAUUGGAAUUGGUAUUGGAAUAUCUGUUGUUAUUGUAUUUCUAGUUUUACUGACAAUAUUUAUAUAUAGAAAAUAUUAUCCAGCCAAUAAGAAAUUACCAGAAGAAAGUUAUGCAACAUUUUCCAAUAGAAUCCCGGAAGGUCAAUAUACUAUAAGAGGAGUUCCUGAAAGUUAUGCAGUGUUAGGUGAAAAUUAUAGAUUACAAUGUGAUGUUACAGAUUCACCUAGUGUUGUAGAUUUCCGUAGAAACAAUGUUGCUGUAUGUAAUAUGAUAAACUGUGGGAGUAGUUCAGAUAAUAGAUAUAAAUGUGGAUGUAUCAAUAAUAACAACAAAACACUAUAUCUCAAUAUAAGUAAUAUAUAUAAACAAGAUGAUACAACAUGGUCUUGUAGAAGUAAUAAUGGUGGACAAGGAUCAACUAAUGUAUCAGUUUAUUAUGGUCCAGAAAAUACACAAUUUAACCCUACUAGUGAUAAUAUAAAUGUUAUAGAAGGAAAGAGUCAGAGUGUCAACUGUUUAGCUGAUUGUAAACCAGAUUGUAACAUCACCUGGUCUAAAGAUGGUUCAACAACAAUUCUAAAUAACCCUUUAUCACUUAGUACUAGAGAUCAAACUGGUUCUUAUAACUGUACAGUUAGACAUACUGUAUUAAAUAAACAACUUACAAAACAACUUAAUGUUCAGAUUUAUUAUGGUCCUGAUAAACUUACUUUCUCACCAGAUGUAUCAGUUAUCAAUAUAAUAGAAGGUAGAGAUCAAACUAUAACAUGUUUAACUGAUUGUUAUAAAUGUAAUUAUAAAUGGACUGGACCAAUUUCAUCAUCAACUAAAGAUCUUGUAUUGACUGAAAUAAAAAGAAAUCAGGAAGGAAACUAUAGAUGUGAAGCUACCAAUAUUAAAAAUACCAACUCUAAAACAAGGUCUAAAUCUAUACAAGUUAAUGUACAUUAUCCACCAUAUAUAACCAGUAUAACAUCUAAUGCUGUAAAUAACGAAACUGGUGAAGGUUCUGAUAUCACAUUUAACUGUAAUGUUGAUAGUAAACCAGUAUCUACUAUAACCUGGUCAUCUUUUACUAGUACUGAUACUUACACUGGUCAACAGUGGACAUUAACUCAAACUAAAUGUCAGGAUACAGGAAUCUAUACAUGUACAGCUAAUAAUGGUAUUGGUCAAUCAACUACUAAAUUACCAUUAAAUAUUAGAUGUCCACCAAUACUUAAAGAAGAACUGAAGAAAGAAAUAAGAGGAAAAAUUGGAGAAAUGGUAUUAUUAGAAAUAAAUAUAGAAGCUUAUCCUGAACCAAGUUUUACAUGGAAACAAUUGAUAUCUGAUGUAGAAUACCCCUUUGCUAAAACUAAGAAAGUUUCUGAAAAUAAUUUUAUAUCCACAUUAGAAUUGAUAUUAGACCAAUCAUCGUUUGGCUAUUAUAUAAUUACUGUACAAAAUAUUAUUAAUGGUGAAAUUAACGCAAAAACCUGGGGAAUAAAAAUCAUUGAACUCGACCCUGGAACAAAACCGGUUUCUGUUGAACAAUCUGGAUAUCAGGAAGGUUUAGAAAAUGGUAUUGGAAUUGGUAUUGGAAUUGGAAUAUCUGCUGUUAUUGUAAUUCUUGUUUUACUGACAAUAUUUAUAUAUAGAAAAUAUCAUCCAGCCAAUAAGAGAUUACCAGAAGAAAGUUAUGCAACGUUUUCCAUUAUAAAUCCUGAAGAAAGAACAUAUGAAGAUUUAAAUACUCGUCCUGAAGUUAAUGAUAACAAUCAACAUAAUUCUGGAGAUGCAAAAGAAUAUGAAAAUAUGAGAAGAAAUUAA